CACACCUCUAUGAACGAGUCUGAGACAGUGAUAACGGAAUCAUAACCGAUACUCUUCCCGUUAUCUAUUUCUACGCUUUCUCCUUCAUCUUCUUCUUCACAACAAUUUCUCCAUUUUCUCUCACUCAUGGCACUCUCUCUGUUUUGCCUUUAACGCUACGAUGCAGACUCUACUGGUUUUUCUUCAUCAUCACUCUGUCCUUGAAAUCUAUCAUAAGUUUCUUCGAUUUUCUCUUCGGUUUUUGGUUUUCGUUGUUAUGGAUUUUCCUUCGAGUUUCAAUUUUCUCACGCAGGCUAGUGAGCUUGGUUGCGGAUUCGUUCUUCUCGGAAGUUAUUUCUCGAGGAUUUUCAAUUUCGUUGGUCUUGUGUUGAUCUUCGGAAUCAGCGUCAAGAUUCUUCGCUUUUCUAGGUUUUCUAGGUUUUCCAGGUUUUCGGAGAUUCUUCGAUUUUCCGAGCCGAGAAUUCGGAAGGUGAAGGCGCCGGUGAAGGUUAAGCGAUUGGAUAAUCAGAUGAGAACGAAAUCGAUGUCGAUGUCGAGAUCGAGAUCUGCGGUGAGAUGUGAUGACGGAGGGAUGAAUGUGGAGGAGGAGAAUUUGGAGGAUGAGGUGUUUGAUGUAAUGUCGCUGAGGAAGUUGGUGAAAAUGGAGAGACAGAGAUAUGCGGCUGCGUGUGCGGAGAUUGAUAAGGAGCGUGUGGCGGCUUCGAGUGCGGCGGAGGAGGCGAUGGCGAUGAUAUUGAGGCUGCAGAGUGAGAAGAGUGCGGUUGAGAUUGAGGCGAAUCAGUUUCGGAGGAUGGUGGAGGAGAGGCAAGAGUAUGAUCGCGAAGUGAUUGAGUCGUUGAGGUGGAAUGUGGUUGAACUUGAUUCGCAGAAGAGCUUUUUGGAGGAGCAGUUGGGGGUUUUUAAGGAGAGGUUGAGGGAGUUUAUGAGAGAGGAUGAAAUUGAGCAGAUUGAAGGCGAGGAUUUUGCGAGGGAGUUUUGUAAUUUCUCGGUUGAAUAUGAUUUAGACGAGUCUUUAAAUUCCCUUUCGCAUUAAGUUGAAAUGUUCUUAUUGUGAAAUGGAAAUGCCAAUAGCAUCAUUUCAGUUUUAAUGUUCAUUUCAUUACUUUUGUGAUUGAAUUUCAUGAAACACUUGACAUUUUGUGAACAUUUGAUUAUGAUUUUAGAAUGGUAAUGCUGUUGUAUA